AUUUUUUUCUUUGAGUUGAAGAAGCAUGCGAGUAGAUAGGAUUUGAAAAUAUUUUGAUAUGAAAAUGUUAAAUUAAAAUUUUUCAAAUAAAUCUUUAAUUUUCUCUUUCAUUUAUUAUGUUAUAACUGUAAUUCCUUAUAUUUUAUUAGUUUCAAGCCUGUCAAAUUCAAAAUGACAGCUUCUACAGUUAUGCAGCAAUUUGUCUCUGGUCUUAAAAGCAAAAAUGAAGAUAUUCGUUUCAGAACUACUCGAGACCUUCACCAUUAUGUAACUACUGAGUUGCGUGAAAUGAGCAUUGAGGAUGUGUCUGCAUUUUUAGAUGAAUUUAACCAUCACAUAUUUGAAAUGGUUUCCAGUUCAGAUGUUAAUGACAGAAAAGGAGGAACUUUGGCGAUAGUUUGUUUGCUUGGUAUCAACGUGGGAAAUACUGCUACUCGGACCAGUCGAUUUGUCAACUACCUUCGAAAUCUGUUGCCUUCCACAGAUACAGGUGUAAUGGAAUUAGCUGCUUAUGCCAUUGGAAGAUUGGCUCUUGUCAGUGGUACUUAUACUGCAGAAUACGUGGAAUUUGAAGCAAAAAGAGCUUUUGAAUGGCUCAGUGGAGAUCGACAUGAAUCUAAAAGGCAUGCAGCUGUUUUGGUUCUUAGGGAACUUGCAGUGUCUACUCCUACUUUCUUUUUCCAACAAGUUCAGCAAUUUUUUGAUUGUAUUUUCAAUGCAACAUGUGAUCCUAAGCCUUCCAUCAGAGAAUCAGCUGCAGCUGCAUUAAGAGCUGCUUUGGUUGUUACAGCUCAAAGAGAAACAAAAGAAACCCAAAAGACAUUUUGUUACAAGGCAAUCUAUGAAGUUGCUGUCAAAGGAUUUAAUGAAGCUGUGAAAGAAAAAGGAGUUAUGAGGGAUGAUAAAAUUCAUGGAUCACUUCUUGUCAUCAAUGAGCUUCUUCGUUGCAGUAACAGUGAAGGAGAAAUGACACGUCAAGAACUUGAGGAUAUUAUUCAACAGCAAGCUACUCAUGAAGCUCAUGGUAAUCGUUACACUUUUCUAAAGGAAUUGGGACAAGGGUCUCUGACCAGAAGUUUCCGGGCACUGCACCAGUUGCAUCAUAACAGUCAAGGUAAUUCUCAGAAAGGCAUUGGUCUCUCUGCUGUGGUGAGGUAUCACAAAGCUCUUGGCACUUAUCCUGGUGAUCUCAUGCCUAGUCGCCGCACACAAAUUUGUGAAAGUAAUACUUGCAAGCAGCUUAUGAAUGAGCAUUUUGACACAGUAUGCCAACAAGUUCUACGAUAUAAAAGUAUAAAGAAUGUGCACAUUCAGCAAACUUUAUUGAAUAUUCUACCAAGACUUGCAGCAUUUCAAACAAAAAGAUUUGUUUCAAGUUAUUUAAGUGAAACUAUGGCUUACCUACUUGGCUGUUUGAAACGUGACCGAGAACGCUACAAUUCUUUCAAUGCUGUUGGACUUCUAGCCGUAGCUGUGAAGUUAGAAAUCAAACCUUAUGUCCCUAAAAUAAUGGACGUUAUUAGAUCAUCUCUACCAUCUAAAGAUGCUACUAUAAGGAAAAAAGCUCCACAAAUGGAACCAGCUGUAUUUACUUGCAUCAGUAUGUUGGGGAGAGCUGUAGGCCACACUAUUAUGCAAGACAUCAGAGAGCUCUUGGAACCUAUGAUGGCUACUGGACUGAGUCCUGCUUUGACUGCCUCCCUGCGUGAACUCGCUUCUCAAAUACCUCAGUUAAAGAAGGACAUUCAAGAAGGUCUUUUGAAAAUGCUUUCAGUCGUCCUCAUGCGUAGGUCAUUGCGCCAUCCCGGAAUGCCAAAGCACCUUGCAAAUCAAGCACCAUCCUUAGGAUUACAUCAAAGCUUACUGGAUGCAAGUGAUGUUGCGAGUAUUACAUUGGCACUGAAAACUUUAGGUAGUUUUGAUUUUCAAGGAAGAUCUUUAAUGCUGUUUGUGCGAUAUUGUGCUGAAAAUUAUUUGUCUAGUGAAGUUAAAGAAAUAAGACUGGAAGCAGUACGCACUUGUUGUAAACUUCUUUCUCCUGCAAUUCAGGGAAUGAAAGCUAGUGGUAGAUACAGUCCACAUAUUAUGGGAACUGUUCAAGAAGUCCUGGCAAAAUUACUGGUUGUUGGAGUUACUGAUUCAGAUCAGAAUGUUAGAUAUUCUGUGUUAGCUUCCUUAGACGAAAAAUUUGACCCUCAUUUAGCUCAGUCAGAAAACCUUAGUGCUCUUUUCAUUGCACUAAAUGAUGAGAUGUUUGAGAUUCGUGAGUUGGCUCUGUGCUCAUUGGGUCGUCUCAGCUCUGUGAAUCCAGCUUAUGUCAUGCCUGCACUCAGAAAAGAACUUAUUCAGAUUCUUACAGAAUUGGAGCAUUCUGGCAUAGGAAGAAAUAAAGAGCAAAGUGCUAAGAUGCUGGGUCACCUGAGUGCUAAUGCUCCUCGCCUGAUUCGUCCUUAUAUGGAGCCUGUCUUAAAUGUACUUAUAUCUAAGUUGAGAGAUCCUGAUCCUAAUCCUGGAGUGACUAUUGCUUUUUUAGCUGGAGUAGGCGAACUAGCACAAGUGAGUGGUAUUGAAAUGAGGAAGUGGCUGCAUCAACUGAUGCCAAUUGUUCUUGAUAUGAUGCAAGAUUCAUCAUCAUUGCCUAAACGAGAAGUUGCUUUGUGGACUUUAGGACAGAUGAUUGAAAGCACUGGUUAUGUUAUUGAACCUUAUGAAAAAUACCCUAAUCUUCUGGAACUUUUAUUGAAUUUUCUGAAAACAGAACAAUCAGCCACAAUAAGAAGAGAGGCAAUCCGGGUUCUUGGCUUACUUGGUGCAUUAGAUCCUUUCAAGUACAAAGUAAAUUUAGGAUUGAUUGAUCAGUCAGGAGAAUCAAGUGGAGUAAUGAGCAUCGGAAACACUGCAAAUGAAAACCAAGAAAUGAGUGCAAGUGAAAUGCUAGUCAAUAUGUCUGGGACUCUGGAUGAUUUUUAUCCUCAAAUUGCUAUUGUAACUCUCAUGAAAAUAAUCAGAGAACCUUUGCUGCACCAGCAUCACUCUAUGGCUGUUCAUGCUAUUACUUUUCUAUUUAAAAGUAUGGGAGUAAGUGCAGUUCCUUAUCUUCAACAAGUGAUGCCUUCAUUUAUUAAUGUUAUGAAAACUGCUGACGGUACAUUCAGAGAAUUUCUCUUUCAACAGUUAUGUCAGAUAAUAAGCAUUGUUAAGCUUCACAUUAGAAAUUAUUUAGAUGAUAUUUUUAAUCUAGUAAAGGAAUUCUGGACUCCACAAAGCCAAAUGCAAAGUACAAUUAUACUACUAAUUGAACAGGUAGUCAUUGCUCUAGGAGCAGAAUUUAAAAUUUAUUUACCUCAACUAAUACAUAACAUUUUGAAAGUGUUCAUACACGACACUAGCAAGGAACGUGUGAUAACUGUUAAGCUUCUGGUUGCAUUACAAAAAUUUGGUAACAACUUGGAUGAUUAUCUUCAUUUAUUAAUACCACCCAUUGUGAAGCUCUUUGAUUCCUCUGAUAUUCCACUGAGUGUACAAAAGUGUGCCUUAGAAACCAUAGAUUAUUUAUCUGAAACUUUAGAUUUCUCUGAAUUUGCUUCUCGAAUUCUUCAACCAUUAGUUCGUAAUUUGGAUACUGUCCCAGAUUUACGAUCUACAGCUAUGGAUACUUUAUGCUCCGUUGUCAUACAGUUAGGGAAAAAAUAUCAAAUAUUUAUUCCAAUGGUCCAUAAAGUUCUCACAAAACAUCGUAUUAAUCACCAAAGAUACGAUGUUCUGAUUAGUCGCAUAAUAAAGGGUACUGCAGCUGAGGAAACUGAUGACCCUUUAAUGUAUGCAAAGAAGAAAAACAAAUCCCCUGAUGCAGACAUAAGUGCUACAAGCUCUGAUGUUGGCAAUCCACGUCGAAAACUUCCAAUCAAUGUCUUUAACUUACAAAGGGCAUGGGCAUCUACACGAAGAGUGUCCCGUGAUGAUUGGUUAGAAUGGCUGAAGAGGAUGAGUGUUGUUCUGCUAAAGGAGUCUCCUUCCCCUGCACUUCGAUCAUGUUGUGCCUUGGCUGAGUCUUACGAUCAACUGCUUAAGGACAUGUUUAAUGCAAUAUUUCUUUCCUGUUGGUCUGAAUUGCAAGAAAAGCAGCAAGCUGAGUUGGCAGAAAGCUUACAGUUGGCUUUAACAACUCAAAAUAUACCUGAAAUCACUCAAACACUUCUUAAUCUUGCUGAAUUCAUGGAGCAUUGUGAAAAGGGUCCUUUACCUUUAAAAUCCACAUUGUUGGGAGAAAAGGCCAUGGAAUGUAGAGCAUAUGCCAAAGCCUUACAUUAUAAAGAAGAUGAAUUUCACAAAGGACCGACUAGUGAAAUUUUGGAAACUCUAAUAAGCAUCAACAAUAAGUUACAUCAACCUGAAGCAGCUGCUGGAGUGCUGGAGUAUGCUAUGAAAAAUCAUGGAGCAGAGCUGAAAGUGAAAGAGCGUUGGUAUGAGAAAUUACACAAAUGGGAUAAAGCUCUUGCAGCUUAUCAACAGGCUAGAGAACAAAGACCAGAUGACAUGGAACUUAUUAUGGGACAGAUGAGAUGUUUGGAGGUUUUAGGAGAAUGGGGCCAACUGUAUCAACUGUCCACUGAAACAUGGCCAACUGUUGAAGAUUCGGUUAAAACUAAAAUGGCUCCUAUUGCUGCUGCAGCAGCUUGGGGAUUAGGCCAUUGGGAAAGCAUGGAGGAGUAUACCAGAGUCAUUCCACGUGCCACCACAGACAGUGCAUUUUAUCAGGCUAUUCUUUCUAUCCAUCGUUCUGAUUUUCAUGCAGCACAGCAGUUCAUUGAUAAAGCUCGUGAUCUUCUUGAUACAGAACUUACUGCGCUUGCUGGAGAAAGUUACAGCAGAGCUUAUGGAGCAAUGGUACAUGUUCAGAUGUUUUCUGAACUUGAGGAAGUUAUCCAAUACAAAUUAAUUCCAGAGCGUAGAGAGGCUAUUAAACAAAAAUGGUGGGACAGACUGCAGGGAUGUCAGAGAAUAGUUGAAGACUGGCAGAAAAUUAUGCAGGUACAUUCCUUAGUUGUUAGUCCACAAGAAGAUAUGAGAUCAUGGUUGAAAUAUGCUAGCCUUUGCAGAAGAGCUGGAAGACUGGCUAUGUCUAAUCGCACAUUAGUGAUGCUACUAGGAGCUGAUCCGUCUACAAAUCCCGAUGUUGCUCUUCCCUGCAUUCAUCCUCAAGUGACCUUUGCAUAUAUUAAACAUAUGUGGAAAAGCAAUCAAAAGGAAAAUGCUUUUAACCAACUCUUAAACUUUGUGAAUGUAUCUCUUGUUUCCCAAGAGUUCAGAAAUAUGAAUAAUGGUGGACUUUCUCCUGAAAUUACAAAACUCCUAUCAAGGUGUUACUUGAAAUUAGGAGAGUGGGAAGAAAAUCUGCAUGGCAUCAAUGAAAUAUCCAUUCCUCAGAUAUUACAGUUUUAUUCCCAGGCCAUGGAUAAAGAUAGAAAUUGGUACAAGGUGGCACAUGCUUGGGCUUAUAUGAACUAUGAAGCAGCAUUGUUUUACAAAAACCAAGAGCAACAGAAGCAUAUGCAAGAGAACCAGAUGGGAUCUGGUGAAGGCAUGGAUCUUUACAAUUCAUUAUCUCAGGAUCCCCCAAGUUUAGGGUCAAUUAAAAUCGCUUCGUCAGCAGAAUAUGUAAAAAUUUAUGCAGUACCUGCCGUGAGAGGCUUUUUCCAUUCCAUUGCUCUUUCUUACGGCAAUUCUUUGCAAGAUACACUGAGGUUGCUUACAUUGUGGUUUGAUUAUGGACAUAUGCAUGAAGUAAACAAAGCAGUCAUAGAUGGACUCAAGACUGUUCCAAUCGAGACAUGGCUUCAGGUCAUACCUCAACUCAUCGCCAGAAUUGACACUCCCCGCCAACCUGUUGGGGAAGUAAUUCAUCAAUUGCUAAUGGACAUUGGAAAACGACACCCUCAAGCUUUGAUUUAUCCUUUGACUGUUGCAGCUAAAUCAACUGUGCCAUCAAGAAAUAUUGCUGCUAAUAAAGUGUUGGGUAGUAUGAUGAAACAUAGUGGAGUGCUUGUUGAACAAGCUAAAAUGGUGAGUGAAGAACUUAUACGAGUUGCAAUCUUAUGGCAUGAGUUAUGGCAUGAAGGAUUAGAGGAAGCUUCCCGGCUUUACUUUGGGGAAAGAAAUGUGAAAGGAAUGUUUGCAGCGUUGGAGCCUUUGCAUGCAUUGAUUGAACGAGGCCCUCAAACACUGAAAGAAACAUCUUUCACUCAGGCUUAUGGAAGAGAACUGCAAGAUGCUCAAGAAUGGUGUAAGAAGUAUCAAAGGUCUGGUAAUGUGAAAGAUCUGACACAAGCUUGGGAUACCUACUAUCAUGUAUUUCGAAGAGUAGCCAAACAAUUGCCUCAGCUGACUUCAUUAGAACUACACUAUGUGUCCCCAAAACUUCUAGAAUGUCAAGAUCUAGAAUUAGCAGUACCUGGUACCUAUAAUCCCAACAAACCGAUUAUAAGAAUUUCCAAAGUUGAAAGCUCUCUUCAAGUCAUUACCAGUAAACAGCGUCCAAGGAAACUAAGUAUCAAAGGAAGUAAUGGAAAGGAUUUCAUGUUUUUACUAAAAGGUCAUGAAGAUUUACGCCAGGAUGAAAGAGUGAUGCAGCUGUUUGGCUUAGUUAACACAUUACUUAUCAAAGAUCCUGAAACUUCUCGAAGAAAUAUCACAAUUCAGCGCUACUCAGUCAUACCACUCUCUACUAAUAGCGGUCUCAUUGGUUGGGUCCCUCACUGUGAUACUUUACAUACACUUAUUCGGGAUUACAGAGAAAAAAAAAAGAUUUUGCUGAAUAUAGAGCAUCGAAUAAUGCUUAGGAUGGCCCCUGACUAUGAUCAUCUAACAUUGAUGCAAAAAGUAGAAGUAUUUGAGCAUGCUCUGAAAAAUACAAAUGGUGAUGAUUUAGCUAAAUUACUAUGGCUUAAAAGUCCGAGCUCUGAAGUAUGGUUUGAUCGCAGAACAAAUUUCACACGUUCCUUGGCUGUAAUGUCGAUGGUUGGCUAUGUUUUAGGCCUUGGAGAUAGGCACCCAUCCAAUUUGAUGCUUGAUCGUUUGAGUGGGAAAAUUUUGCACAUUGACUUUGGGGAUUGUUUUGAGGUUGCAAUGACGAGAGAGAAAUUCCCAGAGAAAAUUCCAUUCAGGCUCACCAGAAUGCUUAUACAUGCAAUGGAGGUAACUGGCAUUGAAGGAACUUACAGAAAAACAUGCCAGAAAGUGAUGAAAGUAUUGCGAGAUAACAAGGAUAGUCUUAUGGCUGUUUUAGAAGCCUUCGUAUAUGAUCCUUUGUUAAAUUGGAGAUUAAUGGAUGCACAACCUAAGGGGAAGCACUCUAAAGUCAGAAGUGAAUCUUCCUCCUCUAUUCAUGAUCAAAAUGAUAUGUUACAAGAAGUUGAUGUGCAAUCCCAAACUGAUUCUAAAAAGCCUGAUGCUGUCUUGCCAGAUUCAGGAUUUAAUAAACCUGAAGCGUUAAAUGAAAAAGCAGUACAGAUAAUUAACCGAGUCCGUGAUAAACUUACAGGCAGGGAUUUUGAUCCCGAUAAAGUGUUAGAAGUAGAUGAACAAGUUGAUUUACUCAUAAAACAAGCUACAUCACAUGAAAACUUGUGCCAGAGUUACAUAGGAUGGUGUCCAUUCUGGUGAUCUUGGCAUGAAGAUGUACAUAUAUAUUCAUAAAAUGUAUUGGUCUAAGAAAAAUUUUAAAUGCCUGUACAUAAUGAUGUAAAAUAAAAGAAUUUGUACAAUUA